AUGGUGAAGCCGGUUGGCAAGGGUCGCAAGGGUGAUCUUUCCAAGAUGAAAUCUGGCAGGUUCCUGGGGUGCCACAACCGCUUUGGGAGCGUCUUGGCCAUGACGGAGCAGGGCGUCAUCGUGGGGAGCUCAUACCAUUCUCUGCCCGAGGAGGAGAAGUGGAUUCAACUUGAAGAUGGGUUGAAAGGAGCCCCAUGGGAUGUCCAAGCCUAUGUGAGGAGAGUGGUGGAGGAGCCGCCACAACCUUUGGGGUUGCCAGCAGCUGUGCCGGUGGUUGUACCGGCAGCGGCGGCACAGGCACCCGCGGCACUACAUGCUGAACAAGGAGAACUUCCUGGAGGAGACCUACGGCCUGGAGGAGAGGACGCAGGUGGUGAGGGCGCUCCACUUUUGGGUGGACCGAGCAUCAGUGCUCAGGCGCCGGCAGGGCAGAAGAGGGCUUGGCCGGUGAGGCGCGAGCACAUCAACAAGUUCGGCAAGACAGCUGAGUGCCCAGGGUGCACAUCGCUGAUGAAGGGCGUUGGGUACCAACAGAUCGCCCACAGCGAGACAUGCAGAAUGAGGAUCAAGAGGUGCAUUGAGGAGCAGCAGAAGACUUCGGAGGAGUCAGCAAAGAGGCAAAGAGAACAAGAUGAUAAGAUUGAGGCUGAGGUGAGGAUGCGGCUUGAGGAGAGUGCAGAAGCCCCACAACAGCCACAGCAGUCAGGACCUUCUUCGAGCUCGAGGCCGAGUGCAGAGGAGCUACAGCAGGGAGGAGGUGAGGCUGCAGAAGAUGAAGUGAUUGGGGAGAGCCCCAAGAGGAAAGGAGGAGAACAGGGGGUUCUCGAUGUGGAAGACCUUGAGAGGCAGGUCGAGGCAGAAGUCCAGGAGAGCAUCCGAGAUGAGGCUGUAGGAGCCAUGGAGAAGAUCAUCGGAAGCCGAGAGGCGGCGCAGAUCAUCAUGGAUCUUGGUGCGAUGGAUGUCAUCGAGGUGUUCUCACCCCAGAGGGUGAAUCAAGAGGUCGAGCGCUUCGGCAUGAGGAGAGGAGCGGCAAUCGACUUGGAUGAGAUGAAGCCCGACGGCAGUGGCCAUUGGGACUUGGACAAGCCCGACGACUACAGAGAGGUCCUGAAGAUGAUCAUUCAGGAGCAACCUUUGUUGGUGACGAGCAGUCCGCCGUGCACCACAUUUUGCCCACUGAGGAGGUUGAGCAAUCACAAACGUGAUGCAGAAGUUGUUGCAGCAGAAGAAGAACUUGGAAAGGAGAGGUUGAGAAAGGCCUUGAAGGCCUGUGUGCUUCAGGCGAGCACGGGCAACUACUUCCUGCACGAGCACCCCAAAGAUUCUUGGAGCUGGAAAAUGCCUGAGGUGAAAGAGCUUGUGGACAGCGGCAAGUACUACCUGGUCCAGAGCCCUAUGUGUCGGUUUGGCAUGAAGCUCAAGGACGACAAUGGGGAGGAGCAAUAUGUGAGGAAGGAAACGUUGUGGCUCACAAACAGUGAGGCCAUUGCAAAUGAGCUCAAAGGAGUAUGCGACAACGUUUUACAUGGGCAGGAGAUUCAUCGGCAUGUGAAGCUGAUUGGAGGGCAACGUGCAAAGGCCGCACAAGUGUAUCCAAAGGCUUUGGUGGAAGCCAUACUUCGUGGUCUUCAGAAGGAGGUGAGAAGGGCCAAGAAGAUCAGCAUGGUUGAGGAGAUGAUUUCGGGCCCAUCGCCUGAUGAUGCAGUCGAAUGGGACAUGGAGAUUGAGGGGGCAGAGCCAAUCAUCGAUGAUGCCUCGGGAGCCAUUUUGGACCCAGAGGCAGUGAAGAAAGCCAGAGAGGAGGAGGAGCUCAAGUGGAUCAGAGGAGAACAGGUCUACGAGCGAGUUCCUGCAGAGCUUGCACAAGGGCAUCAACUACUUCGAGUCAAGUGGGUGGACAUCAACAAGGGCGAUGCCGAGCAUGUCCGCAUCAGAUCGAGGUUGGUGGCCCGGGAGAUCAAAAGAGCAAAGCCCAAAGAGAUGCAGUUGGGUGGGAGUGACACAUUCAGCAGCACUCCGCCGAUUGAGGCCGUCUAUGCUUUGAUGAGCUGCUUCAUGACCCGAGCACCUGGUGAUCGACGCAAGAAGAUGGCAAACUGGGACAUCUCUCGAGCCCACUUCAUGGGGACAGCCGAGAGGGAGCUGUACCUGGAGUUGCCUGAGGAGGAUCGAGUUCAUCCAGGUGAUCAAGGACCUAUGGUGGGUCGUUUGAAACGGUCGCUCUACGGCACGCAGGAUGCCGCCAAGAUCUUCCAGACCGACUAUGAGGGAUGGUUGAAGAAACAUGGAGCACAGUUUUCCAAGGUGUGCCCAUCCAUUUUCAUCAUCGAGCAGCAGGGCUUGAUUGGAGUUGUUCAUGGUGACGAUUUCCUGGUCGUGGGAGAGGAGAAUGGUCUGAAGUGGAUGGACCAGCAGCUGAAUGCCCGCUAUACAGCAAGGUGGGAGGCAACAUUGGGAGAUGGGGAGAACGAUCAACGCGAGAUGUUCUUCCUCAACAGGCUGAUUCGCUACGUUCCAGAUGGAGCGGGACAAGGAGAAUGUCGCUUGGAGAUCGAGGCUGACGCCAGGCACUCCGAGAUUUUGGUCAAGGAGUUCGGGUUCAAGCCUGAUUCAAAAGGGUGCGACGUCCCAGAGGACAAGAUGACAGAGAAGGACUUGAUCGAGGCGGAGAGGGAGGCCACUUUGGAGCAGUCCCAGAUUACGCAGUUCAGGUCAAUGGUGAUGAGGCUGGCCUAUAUGAGCAUCGACAGGCCAGACCUGUGCCACUCAGUCAGAACUUUGGCAUCAGCUAUGGUGGCACCGAAACUUUCAGAUUGGAUGCGCUUGAAGAAGGUGGCGCGCUAUCUCCUGAAGUUCCCCUACCUGAAGAGGGUCUUUAAGCUCCAGUCCAAUGAGGAGAUCAACGCCGUCUUCAUCCACCACGUCUUGGAGUUUUGGCAGCUGAAUCCUGGCAAGAUGAUCCUCAAGGUGGAUUCGUCGAGUGCCAAAGCCCUGGUGGAACGGCGUGGCGUUGGCAAGACUCGCCACGUGCAAGCACGUUUCCUGUGGUUGCAGGAUUUGAUCUUUGCCAAGCAGAUGAUCGUGCAGAAGGUGAACGGCAAGGUCAACGACGCAGAUCUUGUAACAAAGACUCAGCCGAAGGCCAUGAUCAAAGAUCACUUGGCGAGGUGUUUGCUGGUAUCCGCAGUGCCUGAGAUCUCUGCCAAGGAGGCGAAUGCCGAAUCAGAUGAGCAGCUCAAACAGAAGUUGUCGCGCUGGUUUUCGGGCCUGAACCAGGGCUCUCUGCCCUAUGAAUGCCAGAUGCGUGGCCUUGCAGGGAAGUCGCGGGCCAACCCAGUCAUGGGAGCUACUGGACUGGCGUCCGAGAGAAUCUGGAUCGAAUCCUGCGAGAGCGUGUGA